AAUGAUUAUUUAAUCAAUGAAAAUCAGCUUAGACAAUUAAGAUUCCUUUACGUACACCGACCAAACUCGUUGGUUACUUAGUUCGUUUCCUAUAAAUAGAAAGAAUGGUUGAUUGCUCUCUCUGAAAAAAGACCAUUCUCUCUCUAAUAUCUCUCAGUUAUUUCAUCUUUUUUCUUUUUUUCUUUGGUAAGAAUUUCUUCUUAUUCUUCUCAUACCCAUAACGUUAAAACUGUGCCAUCUCAUGGAUAAGCAUCUUAGGACGAAGCAAACCAAGACCAACCCUAUGCUUACUUCUUCAUCUGAAGUGAGUAGUCUUGAGUGGCAAGCUGUGAACAUGAAUCAAGAAGAAGAAGAUUUGGUCCGUAGAAUGCAUAAGCUUGUCGGUGACAGGUGGGAGUUGAUAGCUGGGAGGAUCCCAGGAAGAACGGCAGCAGAAAUUGAGAGGUUUUGGGUCAUGAAGUAUAAUUGAAUGUGUUACACACAAAAAAAAGAGUAUAAUUGAAUUCUCUGAAGUUUCACUGAUUGUCUCUUAAUUUUACUUGCCAACUUUGUAAUAAUGAAGUUUUCUUAAAAUAAACCAUUUAUAUU